GCAGGUUGUACCACUGCCUCCAGUCUCCUUGGCAUGACAAACAGGAAAAUUCGUGACACUGAUAUCACAGCAUCCUCAGAAUUAAAUUCAAAUUCAUCAGCAUCAAAUGCAAGACUAAAUAACACAAAAUCUUGGGUUGCUGAUACAAUUGAUACACAACCUUGGAUACAAGUGAAUUUGGGAAAAAUUAUGAACAUUACUGCGAUCAGUACUCAAGGUUUUCCAGGUUCUGGCUUUGUUUCAUCAUUUUACUUCAGUUAUGAUACCAGUGAAAUGGAGUGGUUGAACUAUACCAUUCAUGGAGGAUUAGUUAAGGUAAUUAUUUAUAAACUUCAUGUAAUUGUUUAAAAUUUCCUUGUGCACUACGUAAUAUAACAAAUUCUGCCGAGAGCAACUCAGUAGCUUCUUCAGUGCUCUCCAACCUUCCCAAGUGCAUCCACAACUCGAUAUAAGCACAGCUAAAAGCAUGAGCAAAUUCUUUCACAACAUAGCUGGCAAAAAUGCUUACUUUUUGAUUAACUGCAAAAUUCUCGUAACACGCGACACAAAAAAACAAACACUUCUAUUGGUUAGUCACAAACACGCCACAAUCCUCUAGUUUGAAAGAAAAUUCUUUCUUUAAACUGAGUCACUGAGAAAUAAAAUUUACUUCUUUAUUCGUUAAAGAUCAAUAGAAACUAAGCCGAAACAAAGGUAAAAGAGUCUUAAAGAAGAGUCUUAAAGUCCACCUAAAGUUAAAAUAGUCAUAUGUUCGUAAGAAGUCGUGAAUGUAAAUAUCAUAUUAUCCACUCCCCUCAGGGCUUUUCAGGGAUAAUUUACAACACUGGUUGGGGGACUUUGCCAGACUGCUAAGGUGCAGUUUACAAAUAAUGAAGGAGUGAGUGAUGAUGCCCCCAUACAUGAGUGUGAAAGUGAGAUAGACCGCAACACCGGGCACUACGUGCCCUACUCUUUACGAAGAGUGUGUGGGUUCUUUAACGUCCCACAGAUUUGUUACACGUGCAAGGGCUUGUGAGACGGGGCCUACGGUUUAUCGUCCUUAUCCGACAAGACUAGAAAGUCAAACCGUUUGCAGAUGUCAUUACAAAGGCAGCACUUUCUCCUCAGUUAUUUAAAAACCCUGAGUGUUGGUCCGGCCGGGGUUUGAACCUACGGCCUCCCGCUCAGCAGACCGGCGCUUAUCCCAUUGAGCUAACCGGGCGGCGGUCAAGUCGUGGAGUAUGGUUUGGAUUCCCUAAAAAGAUGAUUUAUGUUUUGCUCGGAAAAAACUGGAAAACUUGUUUUUUCUUGCCGAGACUCUAGUCCUAUUUUAUUUUUAUUCAUUUACGAAAAAUGGCUGGUCAUUACGGCUUCUUGAGAAUACCUAGCUGUCAGCAGUGGUUUUUGUGAGUAAUAAAUUUAUGUCUUCUUGAAUGUGUAAUUUGUCUUGCUAUUGCAAGAGAAAUUUCCCUGCUUCAGUCGGAUUGUUCGGCAAUAACAAAAGUGCAUAAUUUUUCGCUAUUGAGCUUACUUUAUAAGCUUAUAAUUAAAUGUAAUUAAGUUGUCUUGUAAAGGAUAAACAAACGUUAAAAACAGGGGACACUUUAUACAAAUUGGAUAUUUCUUUUCCACCUGAUUGUCAGUCCUUAUGGCAGACUUUUCGACGAACAGCUAGAGGCUCUAUUAUUAAUUUGCAAAACAUCUUCACCACUUUUGCUGCUGUUUUGAGUGCCUAGAAGCUCAAUUCCAAAUAUGCUAGAAAUUUUUUUAAUCACUUCCGUCAAUUUUUGGGUACUAAGUACUAAGGAAAAGAUACGAAAAACACAGCUGAACACGUCAUCAUGAAAAAAAUCUUUAUACGCAGGAGUAUGCGUAAAUAAAGAUUUAGGGCAAGCACGCGCGCUAUGUUAUAAUUAAAGUUUUAGUAUAAAGACAGAAGUCAAAUGUUACUUUAGUUUCAGUACUGGUACAUUUAAUUUAGUGAUCCUCGGUGUGUGAAGCUGGGGAGUUUAUACUACGCUAUACAUCUUAAUACUUUCUAUGCUUUCUAUUUUUUAAGCUACACAUGUAGAUUAUUUUGUCUUGGUCUCUGUCUGUAGUCUUAGGUGUUCUGGGUUGAGAAGACCAAAAUAUUAUAUCCUGUAGCUUAUAGUGGAAUAUACGUUGUUAUUUUUUUUAGGUUUUUCAGGGAAAUACAAAUGAUGAUGGUACUAAGAGAGUGUUGGUCAAUCCUUUGGUGACAGCACAAUACAUAAGAUUACAUCCAACAAACUGCGCUGGACACUGUGCCCUUAGAAUGGAGUUUUAUGGCUGUAAAUCAGGUAUUAUUUAAGCGGUCAGUGUAAAACGCAGACUACGGACUUUUGUUUUCACCAUGCAAAAGAGUAUGUGACAACAAUACACGUAAUCACAUUGUUUUUUAACCCUAAAAACAAUAUUCUGCAGUCAGUCCGCAGUCUGCAUUUCACACUGCCUUAUUAUUUAAAGCCAUAAUUGGUUAAGCCUAAUUAUGAUCUGAAGAUUAUGGAGAUACGUAUACUGUGUGGAGGAGAGUGUUUCAUGACUUUUGUACAGUGUACUAGAAAUACGCGUAUCGCAAAAUCUCGCUAAGCUCGGGGAAAGAGGCCCGUAAAAUGUUAGGGAUGGGAGGGAGGGAAAUGGAGUAGGUUACUGUACCUAAUACAUUUAGAAUAAUGCUUUAUCAUCGCAAUCAGUAUUAUGCUGUAGUUACAUCUGCAGAACAUUAUCUGGUUCCUAUAAGUAAACAAGUAAUCUGACUUUGUUUUACCCUGAUACACUGUAGAUCCAACUAUAGGACUUCCUGGUCAACCACUUUCCCUGAAACAGAUUUCUGUUUCAUCAUCCAUGAUCAACAUUACAUGGGAUCCACCUAUUGACAUUGGUGAUGGCAUAAAAGGUUACAUUGUGAAAUGGCAGGAAGUAAAUGGAACAUCUGGCUCAAUGCAAAAAGAUGUUCCACUUUCAAUUUUCAAUGCAGCAUUACUUGCUGUGACACCAUACACAUGGUAUGACAUUCAUGUCCAAGCCUACAACGACGAGAAGUCCGGUGGCCCUUGGUCUAAACCUUUAAGUGUACAGUCAAGUGAAUCAGGUGAGUGUAACACUAAUUUCUUUACAUGAUACAUUGUAACUGUGAUUGUAAUUUUCUUUUGGUCAAGAUGCAUGGUUCUUGAGGCAGUUGAGGCUCUAUUUCCACUUAUCAGUCACAUCACAUCUCUGAAUAGACCAUUGAUUAAUCUACAGUUGUGGGCUUAGUACCGCAGCCGUUGAGUGAGGUUUGUCAAUAAAAACCUCCUUUGUUUUAUGACAAUUAUGCUUAAAAAAAAAAUUACAUUUGUAGUUUAAGAAUAGCAUUAUUAACAUAAAAGAAAGGGAGGGUUGUAUCAACACAAGGUUAACACCAGCCUUGUUUCCAUUUAUUACUGUAAAGUGACCGGUAGCCUGACAUCGCUGGGACAUUCAAUAAUUACAUUGAAGGUGCUAAUUCUUCUGCAGUGUCCUUACCAGACCAUGGCAUUGCGGCACUGCUGCACUUUUUGGGAAACGUGUACCACACUAAAACAAGCCCAAGGGGUCCCACGGGCGCAAGGAAGGAAAAAUAACCUAUUACGAAACGUAAGCAUACAUACUCAUACGUACAUUUCCUUAUGAUAUAACCCAAACUUGAAUUGGUUAUGUCGUCUUAAGAAAACACCUAUCAUUAUCUAAGAAUCAGACCUGUAAAAACUUUGAGUUAACUGUAUCUAAAAAAUGUGACUUGCUUUUCUCCCUCACGACCCCCCUUUACCCUCUCUGUGCGUCCUGACAGUGGUUCCCAGUGUACGAAAUCCUGGUAAGAACACUGCUUCUGACAGUAUAGAUUUUGUCUGAUGUCUGCAUGUGAUAAUCAUGAAAAACCUUUCAUGAUAUGAUCUAAUGGCUGUAAGUUUGCUCAAUUUCAGUACCCUCUGCUGCACCAGCAAACUUCACUUUAAGCUCCAGUUCUCCUCUUUCACUAACUGCAUCAUGGGAUGCCAUACCUGUCAAGCAACAACAAGGAAAGCUCCUAGGUUACCAAGUCUUCUACAAGCAGCAGGGACCUGGGAAUGAACAAAAUGGGACUGUUGGAUCAGAUCAGCUCAGUUACACAAUUAUGGACCUCGAGUUUGCAAGUUACUCUGUUAGAGUAGCUGGGUUUACUGCAGUCGGUAUUGGCAAUUCCACUGUGGUGUUGACAAAAACACCAAAUGAAGGAGGUAAAAAAUGACAUAUUUAAGUUUGCUGAUGCAUGUUGUUGUUUUGAAAAGACCAUUUUACAGUAAUGAGCUUAGUACCCUAGCCUCUGAUUGAAUGUGAGGUUGAGGUUUACCUUGUUUUGAUACUAACCUCUUUCCUUUUCUUGUGAAAAUCAGAGCUAAAAAUACUGGUUUCCAUAAGAAUAAUAUGGAUUAACAUAAUAAAGCAGGAGGGUUGGGUCAACCGUAACAACCGUAACUGUACAGUGGACUACUGACAACUUGUUAUCUUAAACUGAAGCUUUAAUAGAUACAUGUACAAUGUACAUGCAUCCUAAUUAUUUUACUAGUAAUAGUUGACUCUACCCGUGAACUACCCCACUCUGUAUUGUGUCCAUCAUUGCCGCCUUGGCGUUUGUGUAGCUCUUUAAAAUUAACUGUUCAUGUUGAAGAUUUUCGCACAUCAAAAACAGACAAUAGGUGAAACGCAAGAUUCCAUGAACUGAGUCAGGUCGAUCAGCUAGUACGCAGUGUUGAUCACAACACCCUGACGACGUUUCGACAAUUUUUUCACGCGCGUCCUAGACUAAUUUACUUUAUUUAACUUUUUUUGACUAAAAUGACAUACAUCAGCAGAGAAUUUAAUUGUACCAGUCCGGGCAAUUUCUGUAAUCGUCUACUUUGAGCAGAGUCUACAUAUUCCUGGUGUUAGCUGCCGCUUUACGGUCAUUUUGCCCCCGAGUCAUUUCGCACCGGUUAUGUACCCCCUAUUUAAGAACGAGAAAUAGUUUAUCUCAAACUUGCACGUUUUGGUUUAUGGCUCAAAGAACGAGAAAAGUAUUGCUACGCACUUCACUCACACUGCGGAAAUGCAGCCCUGUCUGCUCGCAAGGUAAAGUAAUCAUCCAUUGUUCUGCUGAUAGAAGCUACAUUGUAGCUUGAUUUACUCGUUCGCUUAGGAAAACUUGCUUGUUUGUGGACGGAGUCUAACAUUCUUGGCCUAAAGCGAUGGUUUUGUGUGUGGCAAAUUUAGGUAGUUUGCAAUCAAAAAUUUUUGAAUGAUAAACUUGUGUCUGACAAAUCCUCAAAGUGCUCACCGUAAAUGACCAAGUAAACGCCCAUGGCCAGGGCGUCCAUUUUAUUUUAGGGGUCCAAGCAGGGGCAUUUAAUAGAUAGGAGGCAUUUAAAAGAGAGAGGCGUUUAUUCUCAUAUUUACUGUAACAAUCUCAAAAAAACUAAUAUGCUUUCGACGAAAAUAUCAAGGAAGUUUAAAAAUAACGGAAUAUCUACUCCAUCAAGUGAUACGCCUGGGCCGUCUAGAGAUCUAUAUCGCUCUUUGAAAUCCCAACAUUGAUGUCAGAAUCCUCACUCAUUGUUAUUGGCCGUUUUCACACUAAAGACGGAUACGGAUAAUUCAUAUUCAAAAUCAGUCAAAAUUGACGGAAAAACAGAUGGUAAAGUCUCCAAAAUUAAGACUGUUCCAUUUUCAAAUUAAGACGUAUGUUAUGUGUCUAACGUGAAUUAUCCAACGCAUAAUCCGUCUCUAGUGUAAAAAAAAUAAAUACGGCCAUUGUGUUGCCAUCGUUAGUCUAUCCUCACUUUAAACUUAACAUCAACAAGAUGAAAUACGCCAAGCCUUGUUAAUCAAGCAAAAAACUGAAUGAAUUGAAUGAUUUGGCUCCCUUUUGAUAGAUACUAGUAUUUUGGACCUAUCAAUCUCAUUGGAGGCAUCUUAUUAGAGUGGGCUGUCUAUACUUUUAAAACAACUGCUUCACAGAAUGCACAUACGUAACGCAUAUAAAGAGUAUCGAACUAUGACUUUAUAGUGACUGUUACAAAUUCAACCCAAGCAGUCCCUCUGGGAAGAUGAAGCAGUUCUUUUUUCUACUUUGUACUUCAUGGUGUAUGGCAUUCAAAAGACAAGAUAGACUAGUUAGUAAUCUUAAUGAUUAAUACUGUUUAAACUGUGUAGUGCUUAAAAAUUUUGUUUCCUUUUCUAAACCACGCAGCUCCUUCCUCUGUAAGGAACUUGCAACUCGAUGUACGUUCAUCAAAAUCAAUCAUGGUGACGUGGGAACCACCAGUAACAAUGAAUGGAAAUUUCAGGCGUUAUGUAGUGACAUAUGGAAAAGCAAGGGGCGAUUUGGAUGAAACGAGAUAUUCUCGCAUUGAAGUCAGUUAUCAACUAACUGAUCUGGAAGAAUUUACAGUCUACUAUGUUCAAGUAUGUGCUGAAACUUCUGUUACAGGAAAACUCUCAGAAAUAGCAGAUGCAAAAACAUUUGAAGAUGGUAUGGCCAGUAACUUUGAAUGUUUUGUUAUGUUAUGUUACUUACUUUGCACUCGAACAGUAAUCUGGGACGUCAGCAUACAAAUGCGCCACCGGCUACUACCAUUGGUUCAUUUGUGAGGUUAAUUUUUAUAAUGUAACCCUGGAUUUUGUGAUCGGUGAAGUGAUUCCAAAUGUACAUGUAGACUACACCAUCUUGUUUCCUUUCUUUUCUUUUUCUAUUAAACGUACAGCUCCAAGUGCUCCCCCGGUCAUCGAUAAAGCGGAAGCUGAAGAUGCUCACACUAUUAGAGUCACAUGGAAUGAGAUUGUUAAGAAGGACCAAAAUGGUAUCAUAAUCGUUUACACAGUGGCAUACAAAGUGGAAGGUCAACCUACACAGUUAAGCCUCAAUACAACUGAAACAAGUACAGUUAUUGAAGGACUAAAGCCAUACACACGCUACUGUAUCAGAGUACGAGGCUAUACUAAGAUUGGACCUUCAAAUUGGUCUCCCUGUACCACAGUGAUGACGUUACAAUCAGGUGCGGUAUAGUUCCCCAAGUUUGAUCAGUUUGAAGCCACUAACCACAGAGAGAAAACAAAAUACAGCCAAAGGAAGGUGUUUGUGACAAGGAAGCGUCUUAGUUAAGUUUGAAGGCAAUAUUUUUGAACCUGCGUGUUGUAGAUAAUGGCCUUUUGAUUUAUGUGUGUGCGUUUGUGUAAUUCUUUAUAUUUUUUUAUCUUAUUCAAUUCUUUAAAUAGGCGAGUUUCGUCUUCCUGGGCGGCCUAGGACGAGCGCUUGUUUUGCGCGAAAGCGAGGCUAAUGUGGGUCACUUCUCACCAAGAAGACAAACAAACAUGAGAAAACUGAGGCUGAGUUGGAGAAAAAAAGCAAAAUUUGAAACGUUGAAAGGUUUUGGAGGCCUCAAAACGUACUUACAGGCUGGAGAAAUCAUCGUUUCAAACAGCACAACGAAAAUCGGCUCGUCAUCACUAAGAAAUACAACCAGCAUAACAAGAAAUUGACCAAAAUAGUGGUCGGUCCAGUGCCUCAGCGGGAAAUAAUUACCUGUGUUUGUUUUUGUCUUUGCAAAGAAGUUUACCCGCAUUAGCCUGGUAAUCGUGCUCGUCCCAGGGCCGUUGGGGAAUACGAAACUUGCCUAUUUUAUCUCCACUUCUUUCGAAUAAGUGCUUAUAAUUAGUUUUGCUGUAGUUUCUUUAUCAAGUAAAUUGUAAAUAUCCCAAAACGUUCCGACGAAUAAGUGAAAAUGAUUGGACGAAAAUUUUGUCCGACAUUUUUUUCCAUUCGAAUAUCUAUCACCAGGAUGUUUUCGUAAUCUGCAAUUGUAUUACAAAUAUUUAGGAACCGUUCUAGGUGAUUUUGUGAUAUAUUCAUUACAACUUGACGAGAGUUUUGGCUAUGAAAUAUGUGUGUUUGCUUAUCGCGAGUAUGUCAACCAGUCAAAACUGGUUGGGCGGCAGUGGAAUUAUAGUAAAAUUUAAUAACAAAGGAGUUAAAACUGUAGGUCCAAGUCGUCCACAAGGUGUUUUCUUGGAAGCUUCUUCAUCCACAACCAUCAAUGUAACGUGGAGCGCACCAGCAGAACCAAAUGGAAUCAUACAAAACUAUUUGAUUGAAUACGGGAAAAGCCCAAACCAUCAACCCACCGAGAAAGUCGUUACCAACCGCACAUUUCAAUUCACCUUAACUGGCUUAGAAAAAUUUACAACCUAUUACAUCAAAGUCAGGGGAAAAACAAGCGUCAGAGGAGAUGCUUCAGGAGUAUUAAAUGCUACAACGAUUGAGGACCGUAAGUAUUGUUAUUUAUUUAUUUAUUCUUUGUUAAUAUUCGGGUGUCAUGGUUAUGCGUAUUGUUUAAGAACUGGAGCAACCGUAGUCUAACGUGCAGAUGCGGCUGUGGCACUUGAUUAAGCAAAUCCGGCAGCUAAGGCGGUACGGCACCAGUCUCCUGUGGCAGUUUUGAAUCCAACCCGUUCUGCAGUAUGACAUCAGUCUUCUUACUACCUUUGGUGAGAUCACUGUUGCCGUGGUAACAGGUUAGGGUUUCUCUAUAAAUUCAGACAAUCUUUGCUUGACCAAUGAAUUUGAAGCUGUCGGCCGGCUCUUCAUUUUUUCGUUUCCGAAUUCAAAUGGGGGAUGUGAACCAAUAUGUUGCUCUUGUUGGAAAUGUUGGGAUUUUCAACACACUCAACCACUAUGAUAUAAGAUUAUAAUAUGCAGUGAGCCCUCCGAAUAGGGGCACCAAGGUCAGAAGGCCAGGUGUUUGAAAACAGUACUACGACAACUAGUUGUUUACACCCCUGCAAUUUAUUCAUUUUCGUUCUCCAUUUCUACAGGUCCUAGUGCCCCAACAAAAUUUAGUGGCAGAGUCUUAUCGGACAAAGAAAUUCUCAUUACAUGGGAAGAACCUGUUAAUGCCAAUGGAAUCAUAAGAUCUUACCAUAUUAGAGUUUACGACACUAAAUCUGGUCGAGAGGCUUUUGGAAAAAUCGUAACUAAGGAAGGCAAUAAUGGACAGAGCCUAAUCGUAUCCAACCUUAAACCAUAUACAAACUUCACCGUCACGAUACAAGCCAAAACCAUUGAGCCAGGAGAGAUGGUUUACUUCACAGCAAAGACAUUAGAAGGAGGUACAUCUGUUUUUGUACGGCAACUUAUGCUUCCUUUUUCUUCUUUAUUUGAUUGGAAGGCUUGUUUGUUUGUGAAAGUCAAUAUUCUCUAUUUUUUUUAAACUCCUUUUCAAGACCUGCGCAAGUUUAAAAAAAAAACAACACUUUUUUAAAAAUCUUCUGGUGGAACCGAGAUUCUUAAAUAAAACUGCGUGUAGCAGAAUAAAACUAUUACAUCAAAUUGUUAUUUGUGAAUUUUCUUUAUUCUGUAGUGCCAGAUAAGCCGGCGGAUAUCAGGGCCAAGUUAGAGGAAGAUAAUAUCAAAGUGUAUUGGGAAGAACCAGUUAAUCCCAAUGGGAAAAUCGCAAAAUACAAUGUAAGUGGACGAUGUGUGUAGAUGUUUUUUUAUCUGUUUAACUGUCUCCCAAACUGACCCCGAAUCAGCUCCUCAUAAUUGUCAUGGGCUUAUCUUAAGAUGCAUAUGUGUCUCAGUACCCCUUUAGGAAGCCGUAGCUCUUCAGAUAAGGGAACAUCCUGGUGGCAAUGCAGUUUUCACCAAAAACGAAAUCGGGGUCGUAAUCGGAAGCGCGAGCCUUGUAAUCUGAGGCGAUCUUUGAUUCAAAAUCUGCUUUAAUGUCUCUUUUCCUUACAAUCUAUAGAAAAUAAGAUUGCGAAGUCACAAGGAGAAACUGAAGAAUAAAAGUAAUUGCGACGCUUGAGGACGAGAAUUAAGAUUUUUUUUUUCUGCCUCUCACCUCAUUCUAACCCUGACAAUCUGUUUUUUUGAGGACUACUAUUAAAGAGACUGUCAAUGAUAAAUGAUAAACGAAUUUCGCCGAAAGAAGAUGGAAACAUUCCGUGAGCUUAUGAAUUCGCUUAUGACUCCAUUUUUCUGAUUUUCACCACUGAGUAAUAGUGUAAGCGCUCUUCCUACUCGCUCACUAGUUAGAACCAGCAGCUCUGACACGUCUACCACGCUUCAAGCCUCUAUAAGCUGUCCUGAGGAUAUAGAUAUUGCUGUCAUAAAAACUAAUUUAACUACUCGGCAAUUUGCUUACAGUUAAAAUUUCAUUUAGUAUCCUCGGUUACAAAGUUAAGUAUGACAAUGUCACUGCCGGGGGAGAGGAGAGGGUGUUGCUGAGGCCCUACAAACUAAAACUGACCCUUAAUGAAGGCAGUGAGCGCAUGAUCUACCUGUAUGAUUUAUUAUAGGUUCUCGGAGACCUAAAUAGAAGAGGGGUUCAAGAUCAUCUAGUACCAAUCUAUUGAAUUUCUGCUUGCGUCAAACUUUAAAAAGAUUGAAUAAACAAUUUUAAUUGUUUAUUCAAAAAUAGCUAGACGUCUUGGUCAAGAAAAGAAGCUUUGAAAUUGCAGUCCAACAAUUUACUUCUCGAUCUGGUUUAAAGCAACACGUGUCUUUAAUAAUUAGGACUAUAAGCUAGUUUUCAGUAGCGACGGAGUCGGAGUCGGAUUUGGAAGCAGAAGCGGAAGGAUAAACCAAUCAGAAUGCACGUUCCCUGACGCUUUGUGAUUAGUUUAGGUUUUCCGCUUCUGCUUCCGACUCCGACAAUCUGGUUUUCACUAGAUCAUAAGCGGAACGUAAGCGACGGAGUCGUACGCGGUAUCGGAAUGCUGUUUUCACUAGAUCAUAAGCGCUACGCUUCUGAUUACGAUUCUGACUCCGACGCCGUCGCUAGUGAAAACCAGCCGAAAGUUUUCUAGCUUGCUUAACCUGACAUUGCUAUAAAGUCUUGAUCCGUAAGUGAAGUGUAUCUCGAAUAUUUCACAUCAUGCAAACGAUACUAUUAAUUCUAAGAUAAGACCUCUGAAAACGUUUUUCAAAUUUUAUGUAAAACAUGCAGGUAGAAAAUGAUUUUAUAUUAUGCUAUGUUUACCCUUUUUUGUUUAGGUGUAUUUCAAGGGAAGAAGAGUUUAUAACACCUCUUUCAAAGAUGAUUUACUGCUGGUGGAAUCUAAAGCGUCUCGGAAUACGUCUAUCGAGGAGGACAAAUUGAAGCCUGGCACAAAAUACACUAUACAUGUGACGGCUCUUACUGAGAGAGGAGAAGGUGCGCCAAGUGACACUGUUAUAGUGAGCACACUGGCAAAAGGUAAUAGUCAACACCAUCGUUCUAGACCUGAUUGGUUUAAAAAGUUUAGGUUACUAGCUUAUCCUGCGCUAGUUUACAGGCACUCCACUCAAAUAAUUUGAACCAAAUAAUCUAAACAAAACAUAACAGGAUUAAAAACCCCAACUGGAAGGAGGAAAACAGUUGGUUAUUUACAAGAGUUGCCGCGGAUUUGAACUCGGGAAAACCGAGAACAAAUCCAGCUAGCCUGUUCCAGGCGUUCAGAUAGUGGGGAGCGGUGGGAAGUAAAGAGGAGCGCGAAAAACUCUCCCCAGUCCCCCUCUACUUUUCAUCGCUUUCUUUUACUUCGCACCGCUCUCCACUAUCUGAACGCUUGGAACAGGCUAAAAUCCAGCAAGUGACCAUUGCAGGAUUCGAACCCGGGACCGCCAUAUUGCUAGUCCAACGCGCUGACCAUUCGGCCACGCUGUCUCCUCCCGUUUAAUGAUUGGCUUUGCAUUACAAUCAGCGUGGUUUGGCUGCAGAGCCUCCAAUGUCACGGCCUCCGCUGAUGUCUCAUACCCACAAGAGACAUCUCCAAUUACUGCAAUCAGCUGCACCUUCUAUCAAUGAGUCAGGAUCUAUCUUUGCGGAAAUCGUGGCCUUCCUGAACACAUCUUUGUUAAGUAUGGUAGCAUUGGACGACCUAGUCGUCUUGGUCGAUGAAAAGAAGAGCAAUCUUCAUUUCGAGUACUGGUGGGCAUAAGAUUUAAAAAAAGCUUUCUCUUUCGUCCUUGAGACGUUUUCAGUGACAUGAUAAUUCUUGCUAUGAAAAGCUUAAAUGCCCUUUGUGAAAAUCAUGAGGUCGUAAACUAGCAAUUUUACCCCUGUUAUCAGCUAUGCUACGCUUAUACUUAUACUAGCGUUAGUAUCAUAUAUUUUAAUUUUCGCUUGGAAUAUAUUUUUCCUGCAGCUCCAUCCGCACCUCCACCCCCACAGGUUCUCCAUGGUCGUGACGUCACAUCUAGUACAAUAACGAUCUAUUUGUCGUCAUCUCGAGAUAAUAAUGGCAGAGUAGUGUGAGUCCAUAUUAGUAAUGAUAAAAUGAAAAUAUGACAUUAAAAUCAAUUACAACAAAAUAGUUUUUAAUGAAGGACAAAUUAAAUUUGGAACAUAUAAAUUUUCUAUUUUGCACUUGUCUAAAACCCCCAAUUAAAUAAAAACUUCGCUUAAGCCCCUGAAAACGGAGACAACAUUACUGGAUGUUAGAUGUUGGAUCCGUUUGUGCACCCUGUUGCAUGUUGCGUGUUGUUGUGAGUAGUUAUAUUAAGCAAAGUUUAAAACUGGUCAAACUUUUAAGCCAACGACUACCAACAUUUCUUUGGUUCCGUGAUCGCCAAAGCGUAGCACAACAAUGUUGGAUCCGUUGCACAGAUCUUCGAACAUUUUUGGGACCACGCAUGCACAUUACGCAUGGUCUAGAAAGUCUUAUGGGUUGUAUCCUUCCCACGUUGCGCUGCAGGUUCAGAACAUUGUUGGGAGUCCCUUUCAUGCGAUAUAAGAUUAUGACUUUAAGCAUUCUUUUGGGUCUGAAAGUUUGCGUCGGGCCAAAUAAUACGCAGUAUAAUGAAUGCUAAAGAUACAGUUGUUCACGCCUGCCGCUGUCGGGUGAUAUGAAAGUGCGCAUGCGUUUGUUCCCGGUCAUACCGGAGAGGUCUUUGUUUUACUUAUCCGGUCCUAUGAAAGAAAAUUUCCACUCAUCCACUUGUUCCUACAAAUAUUUAUUACCGUACCUGGAGUCAUAACAGGCACCUUUUCUGGAAUCAGUCAACAUCCAAGCAAACCUUUCUUAUUGCUUCUUUCUACAGUGCACAUGAGGUUGUUGUAGAAAAGAUCGAAAUAGUCAGCAGUUGUUUAACAUCCUCUUUGCCAGACAAUAUCCUUGCCUACAAAGAGGCAAUGGCCAAUGGGGAUCGAUAUUAUAUUGCCGCCAGAUUUGAGCGAGAUAAAGAACAGGUUCCUAGAAAAUUUGUUGUUGGCGAUGGAGAAAUUUAUGGUGACUAUCUGAACGCUCCACUGGAACCUUCAUGUAAGACAGUUUACAAAGCUUAUGUUAGAGCAGCAACUGAAGUUAAAGGGGUAAGAGAACACUCGUAACAAUUCCCGCUGCUCCCUUCAUCCAAUUACCUGUCCUGUCGUAUCUAUAGGGUAACUUUAUUGACACUGCUGAGGUUUGCAGAAGAACUAGUAAAAUUCUGCCAUUUUUUAUAACUAUAAAAUGUCAAAAACCUUCAUGGCCGAUAAUGUCUCGUUAUUGGGUAAGUUGUUUAUAGUGCAUUUACUUGCCGUGGGUGCUGAAAAAAAGAAGAAUGAUAAAAUUGCUUUUUUCUAUUUAAACGACUACAACUUAACACUAUCCAGAUAGCAGAGAUGUAAGGGUUGCGAGUUUCUCAGUGGAUAGGGAUUUAAUGAAUAUAUUAAUGUUUUCGUCUUAGUAGCCUCCUGAAAAGAGCGUGUUGGUUACCGAAGGCUUGUGAAAUGAGAAAUUGAGAUUGUAAUGCUCAUAACUGAGCAAAAGUGUUGUUUAGACCAAUAGUAAAGAUGAUACGUACUCAAAUGCAAACUGCGAACCAGACAUACCCCACCCCCUCCCCCCCCAAAAAAAUCUGAUACUGUGCCACCGCUGGAUAUGUUCUUUUAAACUUGUAACUGACAUUACCGCUUAAUCAGUUUUUGUCUCUUUGGUGUGUCUUAUUUUAUGAACUCUCUGUAGAUGGAAAUGUUUAUGCUUGUUGCUUAGAAUAAGUCAGUGUCACCAACUGUCUCCUAACGCCUUUUUGGGGGGUUGGGGUGGGGAUCGUUGCAGAAAUGGGUUUACGGGGAGCCUGCUGCAGUCAUCCUUCCUUUCUCAACCACUGGUAAGUAUGUGCAACAGUGCCUUAGAAUCCAAAGACGAAUCGGUGUUCUGCCUGCGUGGCACUCUCCCUCCCCUUUAGACGCACCUUAGCCACUCGGGCUAUACGUUAUCUAGAAAUUAUUGGAUGAGGCUGCUGGUUAUGAUCUAAAGAAUUAUGCACAUCGAAUAGCGUAUCAUCUGCCGAGUCGCAAAGGCCAGUGGAGGCGCUUGGAUAACACAGAGAUCAAGAGAGAUCUACAUAAUUCUUCUGAUCAUGCGAAAGCCAAAUCCAAUUAUGGUUUUAUUAUUCAUUCAAAAUAAUUCCUAGUUUAAAAACAAGCUGAAACAUGCUAACCUCGAUAGAUGUUAAAUUACCGUCCUUUGCCUUCUGUUCCUCGCCAAUUUUAGAAUAAUUAUGAUGGUGUAUUUUGCGCAGCAAAUAAUGUUCACAUUGCGGAUGCCAUCAUAUUUUUACUGUUGUUGCCAUAAGGCAGUAGUUCGGCUAACCUGUUUAAGAAAUUUUCUCGAAAGGAAGUUAAUUGCAACUGAUAGUAGUAGCAGGAGAUAGUAUUUUUCUCCGUUCUGGUGAGCUUGGAAUGUUCUUUUUUUCAUUGGUGCAGUCACACAAAAAAUUAAGAAUAAUCAACAAGAAAGUUACUUCUGGUUUCGAUUUACAUUUUUCAACUUCACUGUCAAGACUAGACAGACGCGCUGAAACUUUAUUUGUAAGUUUCUCUAUAAUAAACCUUUACGUUUUAUUUUUAUCAUUUAAGACACCGAUGAAGUGCAGAAGAGCUCGGCCUGUUUAAGUUGCUGGAAGGUAGCAGUCUUGGUAGAAGGAGUCUUGGUUGCUUUUUUAGCUGUCACUGUUGGGAUUUUAGUGCUAGAAGGACGCACCAAACGCAUCAGAAAAGGUAGAUAAAUAAACGAAAAAUGCUCUAUUUAAAUUUUUAUUAGCCAACUCAGAUUUCAGCAUAUCGUUCGUAACUUUAAAUUUGAUCAUCAACAUUCAACCCCUCUGAUUCGAUGAAGUAGGCAAUGAAUAAAGUGCACGUAAAGUGUAAGUGCAGGCAUUGUAUGCGUUAAUGCGCGGUUUUACUCUUUUCGCACUGUGACCCUAGCGGCAGUGUCAGACCAUAAAACAUUGAAGAAACUACGAUAAAAUUUUAAUUGGUUAUACAGGAAGAAGCUAAAUCCAGUUCUUUCUACUACUUGAUAAGAUGUUAAUGAACACUGAUGGAUGCCAAAAUAAAAUUUCUUCUCACGCUACAGCUACCAUGUUUAUUUACAAGUGAAGUCUAUUUGGUGUUCUGCAAUGAUGCAUAAAAGGAACUCAUCACAAUUAUUCCUUUGAUUUAAACGUCGAUACCGUAACUCACCGACAACGAUUAAUUUCCUUUUUUUCCGUUUAAAAAUAUUCUGGGCCCGAGCAUUUUUUUAAGCUAAAGAAAAAUUUUCCGUUCUUUCUAUUUUAAAACUAUAAGCUUUUAGGUUGCACUAGAUUCAACCGGGGCUCGUUCACAUGUCUUCGUUGAAAUCGUGCUUGCACGCUAAGAAUAACAAUUAUCCGGAAUGAAAGGGAUUUGAGAACAUUGACAAGAAAAGACUUCUUAUUGUUUACUGCUAUAUUCACCGACGGAAGUUAGCGUAGAACAUGCGAACGAAUAAUCUUAAUCUUUUUUUUAUUUUUCCUCUUUCUGUUGUCUUUCUUUUUGCAGCAGCUGCAAUUAGGGAUAAAACUACUGAAAGG